CACACUGUUUGGAUGUCAAUCAUUUGGAUAGACAGAAACCCCCAUAUAACAAACAAAAAUGGAGAAAAAUAUUAGGGCUCCGCAUGUGAUAACCAUUCCGGUGACUCCGUGCACCCAUUCGCGGCUCACAACCACCGAGAGCGGUGUCCAUAGGGCCGUGAACAAGGUGGUCACCAUGGAUGAAAGCGUGGAGGCAAAAGUGCUGAGUGUUUUGCUCUCGGUGGAGAAGAAGUAUCGCUACAUUUUCGCGACCUUUAAGAAGGAGAUGGAACUGCAGCGGAUAGCGGCCUCGACGCUGUGGGGACUCAUACAGCGCUACAGGAUCGCCAUGGAGAUGGACGCGAACUGUAAGUGCACGCAGCUGUACGCCGUGGAGCCGAAGGAGGAGAUUAUCCAAAAGUACUUCAUUCACUACCAAGUCAUCAUCAGCUCCAACAAGAGCCAGUGGUGGGGCAUUGAGUCGAUGCGGUCGUAUGUCCUGACCUUCCGGCGCGAGUGCAGCAAACUGAAUCUCGAGGAGGAGACGCCCUUCAUUCUGGGCGAUGCCUUUCACAAGCCCAUUACGUUCUUCAUGGAUCUGGUGGACGAGCUGUUCAACUACUUUUUCAGCUUGCAUCUGAAGCUGGACUGCGCCGCAGGGCAGCUGGAUCCCAUGGAUCUGGAGAGUCUGGAGUACUACCAGAAGCUGCUGCAGACCAACGAGGACUUCGAGGAAUAUUUCAUGUACAAUCUCAGCUACUGCCAAUGUCUUCGCAUGCCGCCCAAGUGUCCGGAGACCCGUGUGUACACCAACAUUGACAAUUCAGCCGUGAAAAAGGAGGCCAUGGAGCAAGCAAAGCGUGCACGUUGUAACCAACGAGUGUCCAGGAUGACGGCCAGGGCCUCUCAGAUAAGAGGCUCCAAGGAAAAGCCUGUGCCGGUGUCGGUGCCGUCCCAGGUCGCUGAGGUAUCCCCCCCAGAUGUGGUUCCACAUAUGGCUGGCAAACUGCUGUCCAUUCCCCUCAGUUCGCAGUUCGAGGAGCAGUUAAUGAGCGAGCGCCACACUCGCAUGCUGGUCCAUCAAGUGCAAAAGGCCCUCAGUCAAUCCUAAUAAUCUUUGCUCCAACAAUUCCGAUACAAAUGCGAGCUCAGAUUUUGCGUAAUUCAUUGACACAUUGCUGGUUGUGCUCCAUAUAGUAUGCAGAAGCUACAAAAGUCAAACUAUAAGCCUUACAAUGUUACAUCUUUCCACCUCCGUUACACUCGAUCUGUUCUAUCGUUGCCAAGACCACAAAAUGCCAGGAGGCGAUCAGCCUGGUUUUCAAUUAGAUUUCAUUAAAUUACUUGUACGAGUAUCUUAAGUUUUUAGCUCAUUUCAUUUGACUCCGA